AUGUCUAUAGCAUCAUUACUUUCUCGAAAAGAAUGUUUGACCACAAAAGCACGCACUGGCUCUUUAAUAACCGUAUUUAAUUAUUUUGCUAGAUUUAGCAACGAAACUGAAGAUUACGAUCGUGUUUUUGAAUGGAUUCCAUAUGAUCAACUAACAAAAUUUAAAAUUAUUGGAAAGGGUGGUUUUGGUGUCGUUCAGCAGUCUACAUGGUUAGAAGGACAGAUUGAUCAGAUAAUAGGUUGGAAUUCUUUACGGAAACAAUGGGAAAGGCAUGGCAAAACAAGAGUUGCC